ACCUCGGGAGAGGUGUAAAUAGAAGCUCCAUGAACAUGUAUUAAUUUUUCUUUCCAUCUUCUCUAUUACAGGUCGGCGUGCCAGGUUCCUUAUUUUUUACUACCACUACUUUGUUUCUCUUCUUUCUCUUCUCUUCUUUUAUCUUUCAUGGUUUCAUUUAUGCAGCAUAAUAUCCCCCCUAUCCCCGGUGAAGCACGGUGUUGAUAUACCACAAGUACAGUUUAUAAAACAGGUAGCUAGAUGCCUGUUCAUUAAUAAGACAACCCAUCCUUUAUUCACAUUAUUAUCAUUUAUCAUCAUUAUGAGACAUAUAAGACACAACUGUUUUAAGAGAAAAAGGAGAAAGAGUAGUAAGUAAUAGAUAGUACUAUGAAGGCCGUUGACCCUCCCUCUCCUCCAAUUCCUUCGCAUAAGUCACAAUCUCCCCCAUGGGAUCGUGAUUUCGAAUUCUCGCGAGAAUCUGCUGCGUUACAUCCACUGAGCCUCGGCUCAGCGCCGUAUAUAACGCUUCCAGCACCGCGAGGUCAUCGUCUCCAGCAUGGGCCAGAUACUCGUUAUAUGCCUGGCGCCCUCGCGAUUGCGCUCGCGAUUGCCGCUCCGACCCCGACCCCGACUCCGGCUGCGGUACAUUUAUCUGAGGCUGAGCUUGCCCGGGUGUCACCUGCCCCUGUAACCGACUCCGAGUUUCCCUCAGUUCGGAAAUCAGAUUUGCGAGGCCGAUUGCCUGGCGGUCUUCGGUGGUGGUGGCGUAUGUGCAUUCGGAUGUUGUUCCUCGGGUGAUGCAGCUGCUGCAGGGGGAGGCGCGGUCGCACUAUUUUUUUUUUUUUUUUUUAAUUUAAUUUAAUUUAAAGAAAUCAAUGUAAAUGUGUAGGUAUGGGGGAUGGGGAUAGGGAUAGGGAUAGGGAUGAACUGGGGUAUUGUUGGUGGUGAAGGUGCGAAAAAGCAGAGAAGAGAAGGGAAAAGGUACUUUGACUUUCCGCGCACGACAGGCAGAGCACGAGGUAAUAGGUCUUGGUUUUGGUCUUGUCUCGGUGCUCAUUUUUGUAGUUGGAUUGGGUUGAUUUGAUCUGA